AUGCAGCCGGUUGAAACGCGCAACGCUUCCACCAUGGAGUUGAGCAUUACCACCAUCGGCGCAAUGGGCGCGGGUGUCGGCGUGCUUGUCAUAGGACUUACGGUCUUCAUUGUGAUACUUCUUGUCCGGGCACAUCGAGAGCACAAACGCCAUAUGGCAGACUUGGAAGAGCGAGGAUACGCAAUCGUUCAAACCCGGAAGGUCGCGAAGCGCAAUUCAGUCACCAAACCACGGGCAGUGCUGAGACGGGACACAAUACUGCCAUUCAAUUCGAAGUCGGGUUGGGGCAACCUCACGUCUGUAGAGACAAUUAGCCCACCUGAGCCGCGAUCCGUCCCUCCACACUACGCGCCCCCUAAACCUGCGGGCUUCGUACCGAAGCCAAAAAGACUAUCGUGGCCAUUCUUAGGGCGUCGAGUUUCGGGCAGAGCAAUUCCUAUGAGGAAGAUCAGGGUCCCCGUGCUCUCUACAGUCCUAGAGAGUCCAAAACCUUCGCCCUUGGUUCCGGUGCUGAGUGGUCCGCUUGGGGAGUCCUCACCACGAAAGAGCCAUAGUCGUCCUUCCUCAGACCAAUCACUUUUACAGCAUCAUCCUGCGUUACGCAGGCAAGAGCAGGCAUCUGCACCACAACUCGACCAGCCUCAACCAGAGCCACUUCGCCGGAGCCUGACCGCCAAGCCUGUACCCAAAACGGAGCUAUAUACACGACCAGUCCGAUCCCAGUCUCUUGCUGACAUUUCGAACGCCAGCAGGCCUGGGAGCAUGACCAGAUUCGCGCGACCACAGCUCCAUGAGAGGUCAGUUAGCACCUCUAGCCAGGCUUCGGGAAACCCUCCCGAUGGCGGCCUGCCCAUCCUUCCCUUGGAGAUCGCGCGAAUCAAAUCCGAGGCUCGCAGACGCAGCCUCCUCAGCCGUAGUCCAUCGCGUCAGUCAAAUUCGAGCUAUGAGUCAGCUGGAAGCUCUAUACUUGCUAUGCAACCGAGUCCCAUCAUACGCUCACCCAAUACACGGGUGCACAAGGUCGCCAAGCGGGACCUGAGGAAUUGUACGAUUGUCAGCCCACGACCAUUCCGCGACACGCUGACGCUCCAUGGCAAGAACAUAUCCUCACAAGGCUCGAUCAAGAGCACCGCAGCUCGAUUCAGCUCGGUAACGUCAACUACGCACACUGAAAGAUUGGGACCGCUGCUUCCCAGCUCUUCAAGCCUGCAGUCUGUCACUACCGUGAAGACUGUCGAUUCAGCAAAUCUCAGCAAGCUACCAUCGCCUGCACCAAGUCUGUCAGUGCGGAAUGCGUCGACUCCGAAGCGGAGGUCGGGCUCCUACGUGACUCCGUAUGGCUCUCCUGAAAACCGACGAAGCCGCUCCUCAGUCUUGCAGAAUGUGUCCGGGAACCAAAGCGCUCCCAAGCGCCAGCUUUCACAAACUUCCACACGGGCGUCAUCUACACGGAGCAGCAAUGAUAAUCCAUUCCAAUGGGAUCCAGCGCCUGUAUCUGCAGGCAAACCCUCAGCGUUGAAGGGUAGUCCCAGCGCCCGUAAGCCCGGGCACAAACGCCAGAACUGCGUCCGUAUCUCAUUGAUACCAACAAUGCUAGGGCCACAAAGCCGCUCUCCAAGCCCUGCCAUUCACGACAUUGCGGAGGAAUCGCCACAAGCCAGCUCCGAAAAGGUGCAAAACGUCGGACUUGGGUUCUCGAGCAUGAGGUCCCUGCCUUCUCCUCCUAGCACUUCGAUUUUCGCACCUGAACUAAAGUUCAACGCGACCAGCAUUCGUGCUUCACUCGCCGCAAGCUCGCCGACCUUGUCCAUGGCAAAUUUUGACCACGGCCCGAUAGGCACACCGGUGAAGACGCAGAACAAGUCCAGCCUUUAUGGCACGUUGCAGCAGGAUGGCGAAACGAUGAGCACGGGCUCGGUGUUUAGCCUUGGCACAUUUCCCAGCCCAUGCCAUGAUCUGCCGCAAUCUAGGGUUACGAUUUCACCUCCCCCAAUGUUUGCUUUAUCACGGCCAUCCAAUGAAUACGAAGACGAUCAACGACCAUAUGAUGAGAUGCCAAUGAUGUCGUCCCCAUUUGAAGUUUUUCUCGAUAUCAACUCUUCUCCUGGCCGACCUCUUAUUGUGGACAAUUAUGACCUUGAACGACCUUACUAUGUACAGCAAACGCCAACUACCAAACUAGUGCGAAACUUUUCAUCUCCAUUCUCUACCAUUCCAGAAGAGUCUAGUCCUAGACCUGAAGGCUACGAGCAACUUAAGUCGGAAGACUCGCCGCCUUGUUCACCAAAAAGCAUGCCAUCUGAUUCUUGUUCCAACCUGCGCGACCGCGCAGCGUACAAUUUACCCAUCAGAGAUACCACCAUUCCAGAAGAGCCAAUAGAUACCAUUGACCCUGCCAUCCUCAGUAAAGAUGCUUUCACCAGCUUGAAUAGCCCCUUCGACAAUCAAAGCGGAAGCAUUACCAAAGACACAAACGGUGACCGCAACAUGCCAACAAGGCCCACUGCCGCAGUUUACUCGAUGCAGCCACUCCUGGACGCCGCGUUUCCUUCCAGCCCACCCGUUCAACACAUCGACCUGACUUCACCCCACGUGCCACACGACUCAAUGGUGUUUGAUCCACCAGGUCUGUACAUCGAGUCAUCGCCUAUUUCAAGCCCCUCAACCCCAUCUCCAUCAUCACCAUUACCAAUCGCCCCGGGAUCCCCUCGUCCCGCGCACGCUCAAUUACCCACCCUAACACCAACCCUAAACUUCGCGGCCGUGCCCACACUAGCACCCAGCGGACCCCGAGAACCCCCUGCACGCUCGCUCCGCUCGUCCAUCCAGACACUCCGACGCAUGAACUCAGACACGAAGAAGGGCAACAAGGCGGAACGACGGUAUGCCAACCUCGGGCGCGAAGACAGCAUCGCACUUCCAGGGGAGGAGAGCUGGCUGGAAGACCUUGACAAGUACGAGGACGAAGAGGACGAAACGUGGGAUGAGGAGAAGGGACGAGCGCUGGUGGGCGAUCUGGGAUUUGACUGGGACGAAGAAGGAAAUGCACCGGUGCUCGACCUCUAUACCGACCCUGUGCUUACGUCGAUCCCGGAGAUAUCGACGUCUGCGUCAGCAGAAACCGCCCAACCCCCGAGCGGCCUCCGAAGCGACCACAAUUCCAGCAUCUGGGACGACGGCGAGAAGUUCUGGGCCAGCACGCCGCCGCCGCCGCCGCCGCCGCCACAGCCAUCCCUCACCUCCCCCAACAAACCAAAGGACCGCUACCUGCCAUUGUCGUCUUCACCCCUUUCCACGCGCGCGGGCAGGAAGCGCGCAUUCGAAGUCGCAAAGGACGAGACGCCGGCGCAGGAAGACGCCGUCAAAGCAAAAGGGAGUGUGGAAAGGGACGCCAAGCGGGACAGCGCAAACGGCAAGUACAGGAAGAGGAGCGUUCUCGGUGUGGGCACACCGAAUGUGAAGAUCAAUGUGGUGCCGCCGAGUAGUGGGGGGCUGGAGGGCACGCCGGGGAGUUUGUAUGAUGGGGAUGGGUUUUUGAGGGGGUGA